UCCCUAGCAAGGUUGUUUUUCCCAGCCCCUCUCUCUCUCUCUCUCUCUCUCUCUCUCUCUUUCUCUCUCUCUCUACACAUACAUACAUAUGUAAAUAUAUAAACCUGUUUCAUCUGACUUCAUUACACUCUAAAAUUGAUCAUAUUGAAGAUCGGCCAACACCUUGUUCAUCAGGCAACAUGUCUUGUAGCUCUGUAGUUGCAAAGGACUUUAUGAAGAUAGAAGACAUUGCUCAAAUUGAAGAAGAGCUUGAUUAUCAAAAGGAAAACUUGAAGUCAUCAGAGGACAAGACUCAAACCCUUGAUUUGUUCAGAAAAUACUUGGUUCCAAGGACUCCCCAUAACUUUGGCAAGACUAAUGAAGAGGAAUCAGGUGCCAUUAAAAGGGCUACACUGCGGCGUUUUGUAGCGACAAAAAUUUGUAAUGGUUCUCGGCCGCCUUCAUUUUUGGAAAAAGCAUUACUUCCUGGAAUCAGUGGCAAUGCGACAGUCCAAACUUCUCCAUCAGGUGCAAAGGCUUCAGCAGCACAGCUAACAAUUUUCUAUGGUGGUCAAGUUAACGUCUAUGACGAUGUUCCCCAACACAAGGCACAAGCCAUCAUGGUUUUUGCUGGAGAAAGCUCUUUAUCAGCUCCAAUUUCCUCUAAUGUACCAAAAAAAGAAGUGAGAAAACCAUUGCAUCGACCCAACUUGCCUUCAGUUUGCAAGUUACAAGCAGAUCUUCCAAUUGCAAGAAAAUACUCCCUCCAACGUUUCCUCGAAAGACGCUUCCGCAGGGCAUUAAAGUCUCCCUAUGCCCACACUGAUACAAGAAACAAGGAUGAGAAUGAUCAUAAUCAUGAUCAUCAUGAUGAGGCAAUUGCAACCUCCCAUGAUUUGAUGAUUAUGAAUGAGAAAGGUGGAAGCUUUACUCCCUCACCUUUCCCUUCACGUUUAGGUUACUCUUUGCACAAGGAGAGAUGUUAAUUAAGUUUAAUAAGUUUAGGGUUCACUUCCUCUACUUUCUAUUUUCAUUCGUUGCUUCAUAUAUACAAGUCAUUUUAAUCAACUCACUCAUAUAUAUAUAUAUAUAAUCGUUACCAAAGAAUAAAGAAACAUGUACUUAUUUAUCUCCUAUUGUAUCUCAAUUUUAGGUUCAUAUAUCUA